UCAUAGACACAUCACUUUCUGUUCCACAGCAAGAGCUUACUAACAUGGGUACCACUGGAAGAUCUGUACUUUUGCUGUUAUUCUUCGUGCUGGCUACUGCCUUACCAGAAUCCAACCGCGAAAAGCGAUCACCGGAUGGACAUGGACAUCACGGGCACCACGACCACGGACACGACCACGGACAUGACCACGGGCAUGAUCACGGGCAUGGCGGUGGCGUCCCAAUUCACACUCCUGAUGUAGGUGCAGGAUAUGGUAACCCCAUUGCUGUUUCGUCUUACGAUACGAAACCGGAUCAACAGUAUUACGAUCAGCAGUCCUAUUCUGCUCAGCCAUCUGUACCUUCCUACGAUACCCCUCAAGGAUCCCAACAAUAUGAAGGCCAAACAUCUCCCAUCUAUAGUUCCCCAACAUACAGCCCUCCUGCAUACAGUCCUCCUGCAUACAGUCCUCCUGCAUACAGCCCUCCUGCAUACAGUCCUCCUGCAUACAAUCCUCCUGCAUACAGCCCUCCUGCAUACAGUCCUCCUGCAUACAAUCCUCCUGCAUACAAUCCUCCUGCAUACAGCCCUCCUGCAUACAGUCCUCCUGCAUACAAUCCUCCUGCAUACAGCCCUCCUGCAUACAGCCCUCCUGCAUACAAUCCUCCUGCAUACAAUAAUCCCGUCCCUGCUUCCCAAUACUCACCACCUGCCCCCCAGUAUACAGCUCCGGCUCCUUCUUACAGCGCCCCAGCUACGCAGUACAGCCAAUCUUACGAGACCCCCUUACAGUCGUACGAAGCCCCUCAACAAUCAUAUGAAGCCCCGCAAGAGUUGUACGAAGCUCCCCAACAUUCUUAUGGAGCCCCAAAAGCCAAGAAACCCAAGGGCAGUUAUGGCGCCCCAAAAGCAAAGAGACCAAAGGGCGGCUAUGGAGCUCCGAAAGCCAGCAAGAAACCAAAGUCCAGUUAUGGACCUCCUCAGAAAGCUUACGGUGCCCCUCAACAAUCGUAUGGAGCCCCAACGCCCUCUUAUCAGGCUCCUUCCUACCAAGCCCCGAGCCCAUCUUAUCAAGUCCCAGCUUAUUCUGCUCCGGUCUACACCCAACAAGCGUACUCUCCCCCAAUCUAUGGCCAUUAAACACUGCGUGAAUCAGCUGGCUAUGAUUCACAUAUACUUUCAUCUUCCUUUACGCAAUUUAGGAUAUAUUUUUCUUUUCCUGCGGCCAGUGUCUGAUAUAUUCCAACAUUUUAUUUUCUAUAUAGUGGUUACAUAUCAUAAAUUGAAAUUUAGAUUGGACCACUGCGUUCCUGAAAAGGGGUUGUUGGCCACCAUAUUCAAUUAUUCAUCCCAUUUUGUGUUUCUUAAAGACCUCUUGUAAAGCCCUUUCUGCGUUGUCUAGUUUGUCUCAAGAAAUGUGAGCUACUGAACUUAUAUUGAUCACUUCUUUAUUUUGGGACAUUUGUUAAUAUACAACGACUGCACAACA